AUGUCGUCCUUCUCCGAUGAGGUCAUGCCUCUCGCCAUCGGUCACCGCACCAGCCGGGCUGUCUGGACUGCUGUGAUUGGUGCACUCGCGUCGUCUUCCUGCUCCCAGGGUCUCAAUCUACUCGGACAAUUGCAGACACUUGAUCAAGGAGACAUAUCCGCGGUUGAGUACAUCGGCAAGGCUAUGGUUUUGGCGGAGGAGCUCGCACUCGCCGGCCGACCUAUGACACUCGAAAAACAAAACCUUUACGUUCUUCAGGGGUUACGGCCAGAGUUCAGGGGUCUCACAUCAUCUCUCAUCGUACACGGCCAGCCUAUUACUCUCCAGGAGCCUGCGGAUCUCUUGGGCGGGGAGGAAUUUAUGACGCGCGAUGGUCUUGGAGGUGGCUCGCCGGCUGCUUUCACGGCGCAAAAGGGUGGCCAGAAGGGCCACAGUUCCGGGCGUGGUAAUGGUGGUCGUGGUUCCGACCAGAACAACGGUCAAAACAGCAGCCAAACCGGCCAGCCGCGUGGUGGUGGUGGCGGCCGCGGGCGUGGUGGCGGUUGCCGUGGUGGAGGACGCAACGACAACUGGCAACUGGCAACCCAAGUUUCAAAUAUAGGUGUCACCAAUCAUGCCACUCUGGACAUCGCUACUCUCUCCUUCUUGGAGGACUACAAUGGUAAUGACACAUUACGUGUCGGUGAUGGUAUGGGAUUACCUAUUAGUCGUAUUGGUCAUGCUACCUUUAAUUCUCCGUCUAGAUCUUUUCAAUUGUCUAAUAUCCUUUGUGUUCCUAGUUUGUCUACAUCUCUGUUGUCUGUUCAAAAAUUUGCAUCAGAAAAUAAGGUGUUCUUUGAGUUUCACCCAUCUUUUUUUGUUGUGAAGGAUAUCAAAACCAUGGAAAUUCUUCUACGGGAUAAUAGUUCUGGGGGGCUUUACAAGCUUCCCAUUCCGAGUUCGUCACCAACUGCGUUUCUUUCGGCUACAGCCUCAACAUCUGUAUGGCAUGAUCGUCUUGGUCAUCCUCAUCAACGAGUUCUCAGUCAAAUUCUUUCGUCUUGUUCGGUUAGUGGUUAUAGCAGUAAUAUUCGUUAUUCUUCUGGUCUAUGUAAUGCAUGUCAGUUAGGGAAAUCUGCACGGUUUCCCUUACCGCGUGUUGAGUCCUCUAGUUCGUGUGUCCUUGAUUUAAUUUACACAGACAUUUGA